AUGAAUAAUAAUUUAACUCCCUACACUGAAUAUUUACAAGACAAAAACUUAUCUCCUCACACGAUAAGGCUUUAUCUCCAUACCUUAGAGAAAUUUUCCCAGCAACUAACCACUAGCACUAUUAAAGACUACUUUCAACAGAAUAAAAAAAACUAUGACCCAGGAACUUUAAAAGUCAAAAAAAGUGCUUUCAAUGCUUAUAUCAAAUUUCAGAAAUUAGAAAUUGACAUUCCGAUUGACAAAAUAAUUCCUGCAAAAUCCACGGCAAAGGGAAUAAGAGGCAAUCCCAUGAAAGCCGAACGGAGUUUUGCCACUCACCUGCGAAAAAACAAGGCUCAAUUAGAAACCAUUCAAACUCUCUUAGGUCAUUCCAGUGUCCAAACCACCGAAAAGUAUAUCCAGUAUGACCGGGAAACUUUGUAUGCUGAUUAUAGUCGAUUGUGGAAAACGCCAGAAACAAGUAUAACUCAACCAGUAAUUUGUAGCCAUGAAGAAGCAGCAUAA